AUGUCCUCAAUAGAAUUUCAUAAUAGCGUCUGGCCUUUUAGGGAAGUGUUACCUAAGAAACUCUUUGAGAGCAUUAUCUCAUUUCAUAUGGCAAAUAUUCAACCGCAAAAUAUGUUGGCUCCUCGUUACAGUAAAAUUGCUGUUUAUUCAAAUAUCAUCAAGUCAAAACAUGCGACCAUCCUUACUAACUGGAUUCAAAGAAAAGAUGCUAAUGCAAGAAUUCCAAUAGAUAAUAAAUAUAAAUUUAACCUUAUUUAUCGUGGAAGUAGAGAUGGAUAUGAUAACAAUACUAUACGUAAUAAUUGUAGUGGACAUGGGGCGUGUAUUUUAGUUAUUAAAAUUAAAGAAAAUGAAACGAUAAUUGGUGGUUAUAAUCCUAUUGGCUGGAAUUAUAAUGGUCACAAUCCAAAUAAUUAUUCUCGUGAUGGAGGAUGGCGGGGAGCGCGUGGCGGACGUGGACGUGUAGGUCAUAGAUUUAAUGUUCGACAUGAAAAUUAUUGGGUUAAAACUUCGGAAAGUUUUAUUUUUUCUUUGGGUGAUGGAAAAUCUUUGAAAAAUCCAAAGAUUAGUCGAGUUGUAAAUCCUAAUAAUGCAAUAUAUGAAUCGAAAUUUAAUAAUAUUGCAUUGAAUUUUGGUAAUAGCGAUUUGAUUAUUAAUGGUAAUGCCGGGACAUGCAUUCGACAAUAUUAUGAUAGUAGCAUUUUAGAUACAAUUAAGUUCAACAUAGAAGAAAUGGAGAUAUUUUAUCAAAAUCAGGAUGUUAAUUGGUCUGCCGAUAGAUGGAACGUUCCGAUAAACGAUAACAAUGAUUCAUUUUGUGUUGCGUCUAACAAUGAUAACACCGCUUCAUGGAUAGGACCACAACAUAGUUUUUCUCAUAGUUUCGGUUUGACGGAUGUUUUAAGCAACGCUAACAACGUUCCACGGGGGACUUUUGCUAGUACCUCUAACAACGUUCAAUGGGGGCCCGAUCCAAGUGCUAACGAAACAUGGGUGUCAUGGCCAGACGAAUUUAACGAUGACUCAUGGGAUUAUUCACCUUGA